AUUCUGUUGAAGUGGAUGAUAUUGCUGAAGUAGGAGACGGACUUCAGUUGCACUUAGAAAGUCGGAUAGUGAUUGCAUUAAGAUUUAAACUGGAUAACCAGUGGAGAGUUAUAGUUGUCUUCCAAACAAAACAGAAAAUAUGGGUUGUAGAAAAUCCAAGCUGACUGGUGACGAAGCCCCGGGAGCACGUGACCUGAAGAAAAACCAAUCAGUACGUACUGACCAAAAUAGAUAUGUGAGAGAUCCUACCUCCAGUAAACCACAUUCCAUAAAUGUUUCAGCUCAAGGUGGACUUCUACCUGGCCAAGUGUUCCAAACAUUGGAAGAGCAAAGAGAAUCUGGAAAAAUAGUGGUUGCACUCUACCCAUAUGAAGCAAAACAUACAGAGGAUCUGGGGUUUAAGAAGGGAGAACGGCUUAAAGUUCUCCAAGAGAAAGGAGAAUGGUGGAGAGCAAAGUCUCUCGUAACGAAGAAAGAAGGUCUUAUUCCCUGUAAUUAUGUAGCAGAAGCAAACACGAUGGAGGCUGAGGUAUGGUUCUUUAAAGCUAUUACCAGAAAGGAUGCCGAGAGGCAACUGCUGGCUCCAGCAAACAAACCAGGAUCUUUCCUUAUUCGAGAGAGUGAAACAUCAAACGGAAGUUACUCACUUUCAGUCAGAGAUGUAGAUGUCCAUGGUGCAGAUGCUGUCAAGCACUACAAAAUUCGCACAAUGGACAAUGGUGGUUUCUAUGUAUCUCCCAAAAUCACCUUCCCUGACAUCACCAGCAUGAUAAAGCAUUACCAGAAGCAACCAGAUGGACUGUGCCGGAAGUUGGAUAAGCCAUGUGUGAAGCCCAAAGCACAGAUGCCCUGGGACAAAGACGCCUGGGAGAUCUCCAAAGAGUCCAUCAAGAUGGUGAAAAAGCUUGGAGCCGGACAGUUUGGCGAAGUGUGGAUGGCCUUCUACAACAACAGCACCAAAGUGGCAGUGAAGACCCUGAAACCUGGGACCAUGUCUGUGGAGGCUUUUCUGGAGGAAGCCAACAUGAUGAAAACCCUGCAGCACAACAGAUUGGUGCGACUUUAUGCUGUGGUCACUAAAACCGAUCCCAUCUACAUCAUCACAGAGUUCAUGGCCAACGGUAGCUUGCUUGAUUUCUUAAAAAGUGAAUCGGGUCAAAAAGUGCAACUUCCCAAGCUGAUAGACUUUUCAGCCCAGAUCGCAGAGGGGAUGGCUUACAUUGAAAAGAAGAAUUACAUUCACAGAGAUCUCAGGGCUGCAAAUGUUCUCGUCUCUGAGAGCCUGUUGUGCAAGAUUGCUGAUUUUGGCCUUGCGCGAGUAAUUGAAGAUGACCAGUAUACAGCUAGAGAAGGGGCCAAGUUUCCCAUCAAGUGGACAGCACCUGAGGCCAUCAACUAUGGGUCAUUCACGAUUAAAUCAGACAUGUGGUCCUUUGGAAUUCUUCUUUAUGAAAUUGUCACAUUUGGAAAAAUCCCUUACCCUGGGAUGAGCAAUGGUGAAGUAAUGACAGCGAUCCAGCGCGGUUACCGGAUGCCAUGUCCCGAAGGCUGCCCAAGGGAGCUCAGUGAUAUCAUGACAUUGUGCUGGAAGGCCAAUCCAGAAGACAGACCCACAUUUGACUACAUGAUGAGUGUGCUAGAUGACUUCUUCACAGCCACGGAGGGCCAGUACCAACAGCAACCAUAACGCAGCAGUUGGCAGGUGGAUGUGCAGCAUCAUUUGAAGACUUCAUUUCUCCAAUAGACAGAACAAGCUCAUACCAAUGGUCCUACACUGAUCAACGGAGAAAAAUAACUCAUCAUUUAUAUUUCUUUAACAUAUUUAGACUUUGUGGCUUAUUUUUCUGCCAAUGUGUGAGUGAAGUCUACUAAACCGGUCGCUGACAUCACCCUGCGAGUGUCACUGUAACAUUUCCAGGCUGGAAUUUCUAGAUUUUUCUACUUUCGCAAGCACAACCAACCUUGGGGAAACAUCACCACAAAUGCCAAGAAUCCAAGCACAAGAAGCAUUGCUCCAUAAGGAAUGGAGAUGACUGUGGUGCUUCAGAAUUUGAUACAACUAUGAAAUGGACAUGAAUGUUAUUUGACAGCUUGAGUCAUCUGGGAAUGCUUUACUUCCAUUCACGAACUGAAUCACGUGUUCAGAAUUGUCUCAAUUAGUGGUUACCAUUUUAACCAAUUAUGCACUUGAUAACCCCUCACGUUCAUAGGAUAAGCACCAUUAUUGUGGUUAGUGGUCAGGUCAUUCCACUAAACAGUAUAUUCCCCUUUAUGAAUUUGUGACAAUUAGUGGUUACCUCCAAGACUGAAAUAGUUGCCUCUUAACCUAUUGAAUUCACUAGUAAUUGAAAUAUGGGUAUACAAUUGAUUGAAUACCGACCUUGGGUAAUAUAUGAAUCAGCCUGCAGUGUAUACAAUGCAAAAACAUUGUUUUGGAGAAAUUAUGUUCACCUACCUUUUUACUAUAUUUUAUACACCAACUAUAUGAUGUACUGACUGUUACUCCUUACAAGAACAUUCAGCCCAUUUUGUGCAAUACAUCCAUUUAGGAAGAAGGGCAUUCAGAAUAAAAAUGCUUCAGUA